AUGGUGGUAGAUACUACGUAUUAUGAUUUAUUGAGCCUUCAGCCCGAUGCUACUUCAUUGGACAUAAAGAAGGCAUACAGAAAAGCUGCAAUCAAACUCCAUCCAGAUAAGAAUCCAGGAGACCCUACAGCAGCAGCUAAGUUCCAAGAAGUUGGGGAGGCGUACCAGGUCUUGUCAGACGAUAAUUUGCGGUCGAAGUAUGAUAAAUAUGGUAAACAAGAAUCGAUUCCAAGCGAAGGGUUCGAAGAUCCAUCGGAAUUUUUCUCUAUGAUUUUUGGAGGAGAUGCAUUCAAAGACUGGAUUGGGGAAUUGUCGUUACUUCAGGAGUUAAGUAAGUCCGCUGAGUUGUCGGGAUAUGGAGACGAGGAAAAGAAGGACUCGACUGAAGAGGAAAAGACGGGCGAUGACUCGAAGACGCAAACUAGUGAAUCCAAAGCACAGGAUGCUACCGCUUCGACAACUACUACGGGCGAUACUACUAAGAAUUCCAACUCACAAGAUGAAGAAGAUGUUAAAUUACGUGACAAGACCCAAAAGCUAUAUUUGGAAGAUACGUCAGGUGGUGGUAAUGUAGGCACAAACGACGGAGAUAGAAAGGAAUUGACUAAGGAAGAAAAAGAAGAGUUAAAACGUAAAGAAGAGCUUGAGAAAUUUGAAGAAGAAUGUAGGAUAAAGAAAAUUGAAAUGAGAGAAGAGUUAUCUAAAAAAUUGACUGACAAACUUUCGUUAUUCACUGAAACAGACAUGAAGGAAGACGUUGCAGAAUCAUUUAAACAGAAAUUGAAGUACGAGGCAGAAUCAUUGAAGAUGGAAAGUUUUGGUUUGGAAAUAUUACAUACUAUUGGGUCUGUGUAUAAGACCAAGCUGAAAAUCUUCCUAAAGAACCAAACAUUCUUGGGUUUCGGUGGUCUUUGGUGGUCAGUAAAAGAAAAAGGUGGGGUUGUCAGAGAUACCUUUAAAACUAUUACCAGUGCCUUGGAUGCGCAACUGACGAUGCAAGAGUAUGCUAAAAUGCAAGAAGAUAAUGAAUAUCAUGCUAAGAAAGAAGCCGAAGAACAGGCUGAAGCAAAGCAAAAGGCUGAGGAGGUUGACCAGAUCGAGAAAGAAAUUGAAGAGAUGAAGAAGGAAAAAGAACAGAAGGAAGCUGCUGCGGCAAACAACAGUGCUGAUAAAGUCGUCAAAGAAGGUGAAGGUAUAAAGAGCGACGAAAAGAAAGAGGAAGAAAAGGUACCUGAAAAACAUACAGCCGAGGAUAUUGCAGACAUGGAAAAAUACUUAAUGGGUAAAGUGUUGGCAGCUGCAUGGUCUGGUUCAAGGUUCGAAAUUCAAAGUACAGUUCGUGGUGUUUGCGACAAUAUAUUGCAAGACAAGGAAGUGCCAUUGAACGUCAGAGUUGCAAGAGCAAAGGGUUUAAGGUUAAUCGGUGAAGUGUUUUCAAGUAUUACAAGAACUGAAGCAGAGGAUGAAGAAGCUAGAGUAUUUGAAGAAUUGGUUGCUGAAGCUACCAAGAAAAGAGAAAAGAAGAAGAAACCUACAGAGCAUACUACUACAGCUGAUGAACCUACUAAGUAG